AUGGGAUUUCCGUCUUCACAGGAGUUAAAAGAUUUGGCUAAAAUCGAUCCCGAGAUCGAUGCCAUUAUUAAAUCAGGAAAUGCAAUGGCUUCUUUAUUGCCACAAGGCGGCGAUCCGGAAGAGGUCCUUCAGAAACUGAUUCCAAUGAUGAAGGCUAACAAGCCUGUCAUCCCCUCAGUACCUGGAGUUGAAGAAUCCGAGGCCCUCUAUGAAACUAGAGAUGGCGCUUCUCUGAAGCUAUGCAUCUACAAACCGGCAAAUAUGUCAAGUCCCGCUCCUUUAUUGGUGUGGUACCACGGAGGGGGUGGAUGUGUCGGAUUCCCUGAAAUGAACAAGCCCCUUUUGCAACAACUUGUUCUGCAACACGGCUUGGUUGCAAUCGCACCUGAAUAUCGUCUUGGACCAGAAUUCAAAUUUCCUGUCGGAAUCAAAGAUAGUUGGGAUGCCCUGAAGCAUAUUGCUAGCCAUGCAUCUGAGUUCGGAGCUGAUCCCCACAAGGGAUUUGUCGUGGGUGGAGAGAGUAACGGGGGCGUAACAACCGCUGCAUUGGCUCUCCUAGCGCGGGAUGAGGGCAUCUCUCCGCCAUUGACAGGCCAAUUUCUAUCCGCUGCCUCUUUUGUGCCACCGCAGGAUGUUCCUGAGGAGUACAAAGAUCACUACACUUCCCGGUUUGAUCCAAAUUGUUUGAGUGCUCCACCCCUCAACGAAUUCUCCAAGAAAGUAAUGGACCUUGGCUACGGAGGAGACUACUCCUCGCCACUAUUUCGAACUAUCCUGUGGCCAGAAGGCCACAAAGGUCUGCCACGGACAUACUUCCAGUCAUGUGGACUUGAUAUCAAUCGCGACGACAGCUUUAUCUACCAAGAUGUAUUGAAUAAGAAUGGUGUGGAGACUAAGCUGGAUGUUUAUCCUGGUGGUGUUCAUUGUUUUUGGCUCAUGUUUGCAAACACAGAGCUUGCAAAGAAAUGGAGGCAAGAUACAUCUGAAGCCAUAGCUUGGCUUUUGCAAAAGAGCGUUUAA